AUGUCUGUGGUCACCAAUCAAAAUCGUCAAACGAACGCUCGUGCGCGACAAGCUGGACCAUUGGAGACUGAGGGCUUCACCGUUAAAUCCCUUCUAAAAAAUGCCAAAGUCAGUGGGCCAGCACGCGCCGAAGCCACGCGUAUUCGAAACAGCAAACCAACUGCUUUUCGUAAAUUUUAUGAACGUGGUGAUUUUCCAAUUGCUCUGGAACAUGACACCAAAGGCAAUAAAAUCGCUUGGAAGGUCGAAAUCGAAAAACUUGAUUAUCAUCAUUAUUUGCCAUUGUUCUUCGAUGGUCUCUGUGAAAUCGAACAUCCAUGGGAUUUCUUUGCUCGCCAAGGCAUUCACGAUAUGCUCGAACAUGGUGGAAACAAAAUUCUACCCGUCAUUCCCCAACUUAUCGUUCCUAUUAAAAAUGCAUUGAACACACGAAAUCAUAAAGUUAUCUGCACGACAUUGAAAAUUCUCCAACAAUUAGUCACCUCCGCAGACAUGAUUGGCGAGGCACUCGUACCUUACUAUCGACAGAUUUUACCGAUCUUUAACCUAUUCAAAAACUGGAAUUCAAACUUGGGUGAUCACAUUGAAUACGGUCAACAACGACGAGAAAAUUUAGGAGAUCUCAUCAAUGAAACACUGGAAGCCUUCGAACGACAUGGUGGAGAAGAUGCAUUCAUCAACAUCAAAUAUAUGAUACCAACCUAUGAAUCAUGUAUGCUCAAUUAA